AUGUUUAUUUUUGUGGCUAAUAAAGAAAUUGCAUUUGAUAAUUUCAAAGUUCUUUUAUUCAAAGUUCAUGGUCAAUUAUAUGCAACUUCUCAUAAAUGUACACAUUAUGGGGCACCUUUAAUGACUGGAGUUUUCUCAAGUGAUGGACAAUCGCCACCAUCUGAUACUAAUAAUGUUGUUUUAAUUAUUGGUGGUGGUGCUGCUGGUAAUGCUGCAGCUGAAAAGCUUCGAGAGAUCAUUGUAGUUAGUCGUGAACCACAUUUACCAAUUGACAGACCAAAACUUAGUAAAUCCCUUGGAAUGCGUCUUGAAAGAAUAGAAAUCAGAAAUAAAGAAUUUUAUGAUGGAUUAUUUAUUACUUUUAAAUUAGGAACGACUGUUACCGCGGUAGAUACUGUAAAUAAAAUUGUUAUUCUUAAUAAUAAUGAAAAAUUGAAAUAUAAUAAACUUAUUAUCGCUACUGGAGCUGAUCCACGAUCUAUUCCAGUUCCAGGAAUUGAAUUUAGUAAUGUCUUUUUUCUUCGUACAUAUAGUGAUUAUGAAAAAAUUGAGAACGCUGUUGGAAAAAAAGAAAGAAAAGAUUUAGUAAUUAUUGGAUCAUCAUUUAUUGGAAUGGAAGUUGCAGCCAUGUGUACUAAAAAAGCUAAUGUAUCAGUUAUUGGAAUGGAAAAGGUUCCAUUUGAAAGAAUUCUUGGACAUGAAAUAGGAGCAGCACUUAAAAAAUUGUAUGAAUCAAAUGGUGUUAAAUUUUAUUUACAGGCAGAUGUAAAAGAAAUUCAACCUUCUGAAACCGAUCCGACCAGAGCAGGAUCAGUGUUAUUAGACGGUGGAAAGAAAAUAUAUGCAGAUUUUAUUGUUAUGGGAACAGGUGUAAAACCAGCAACUGAAUUCUUAAAAGAUUCUCCUGGAUUUAAUUUACAAAGAGAUGGAAGUCUUAAUGUUGAUGAACAAUUUAAAGUUGAAGGAUUGGAAGAUGUUUUUGCAAUUGGUGAUAUUGCAAGAUUCCCUUAUCAUAUUACUGGAGAAACACUUCGCAUUGAACAUUGGUCAUUCGCUGAGAAUACCGGAAGAGGAGUUGCAGCAGUUAUAACCAAUACUAACAUCAAACCAUUUAAAAAGACUCCAUAUUUUUGGAGUAAUCAAUUAGGUAAAGGUAUACGUUUUGCAGGUUACGCUAGUAGUUAUGAUGAUAUUAUUAUACAAGGAAGUUUGGAAGAAUUAAAAUUUGCUGCUUAUUAUGCUCGUGGAGAUAAAAUUCUAGCAGUUUGUACAAUUUCUAAAGAUCCAUGGGCUUCUCAUUGUUCUGAAUUGGAUCCAAUUGAAGUUCCUUUGACAGAAUAA